AUGGCACUGAGGUCUUCCUGCGCCGAGCCUGAGGCCUCCACCUGGAGACAGCACGCGGUCUUGGAGCUGCAGAAGCACCGGAGAGGUGGACACACUGAAUCCGUUCUGAGUGUGGAAUCUGCUCCGAAUCGCUCGCUGGUCUUGGAUGUUGCAGCGGCUACCCGCGGAUCGUCUGCUCGAGAUGCACUGUGGCCAUCAAUGCCCACGGUGGAGAUGCACGGGGAGGAGAUGUCCUUCACAGAGCAGCAAGCUGGAGAGAGGAUGAGUCACUGCAACCGUGUAUGGUGGCAUCUUCAGGGCUGGCUUCUGGCCAUUGCGGUUGGUAUUUGUUCAUCCCUAUCCGGAGCUGGUUUGGAUGUGGGAGUGCAAGGCCUUUCAUCACUACGUUUUGGCGUUUGCAGUUCAAAUUGGAUGAUCCCAUUUCGGCAUUGCCCAGAGGACUCUUGGGUCUACUGGGGUGAAGGCGCGACAGGGUUCGCCUUCAAUGUGGGCUUUGGGACCUUCUGGGCCUGUCUGGCUGCCCUGUUGGUCUACCUCUUUGCUCCGGCUGCAGCUGGAUCCGGCAUCCCAGAGGUCAAGACCAUACUGAAUGGAUUUGUGAUGGCAGAUGUCGUCUCUUUGCGGACUUUGCUGAUCAAGAUUCCAGGGCUAAUGCUCUCCGUAGCAGCAGGCAUGUCACUGGGCAAAGAAGGACCUCUGGUGCAUGUUGCCGUCUGCUGGGCACAGCAGCUCUCACGUUUCUUUCCUCAGUUUUCGAAGGAGUCCAAGCGCCGCGAACUUUUCUCUGCCGCCGCAGCUGCUGGAGUCAGCACCGCCUUUGGAGCCCCGCUUGGGGGUGUCCUUUUCAGCUUGGAGGAGGUCAGCUCCUUUUUCCCUUCGCGCACGCUGAUCAAAGCCUUCACUGCUGCCAUGGCCGCUGCAAUCGUUUUAUCAGUGCUGAACACUACCAACACAAAAGGCCUUACUUUGUUCAGCGUUGAGUACAGCAAAGCUUGCCAUCCAGUGGAGUAUCUGAUCUUCGCCGGGCUCGGUGUGGUCGGGGGUCUGGUGGGAGCCGUCUUCAACGCAGUGAACGUACGCUGGUCGGCCUUUCGCAUGAAGCCGACCUUUCGGAAGCGCGUGCAUCCAGUCUUGGAGGUCACCUGUAUCGCAUUGGUGACGUUGCUGACAUCCUUCCCCGUGGCCAUGACCAGAGUCCUCAGCUCUGAUGCCAUCCACGCCUUGUUUGAAGCCUGCGAUGCUGGGUCAGGUCAUCAGUUGCGCGGGCAUCUGAAGUUAUGUACGGAGAAUGACGAAUAUGCUCCCGCCUCCGUUGCCCUGGUCUUUGAGCUGCUCCUAGCAGCGAUUAUCCGAUUGCUGCAGACCAUUAUCACUUUUGGAGUGCCUUGUCCUGCAGGCCUUUUCGUCCCUUCUCUGUUCACGGGUGCCGCAAUCGGUCGCUGUGUGGGGGUGCUGAUACAGGCUGGCAACCAUGAACAGGCCCUUUUUCCUCGGACUGUGGAGCCUGGUGUGUAUGCCAUGGUUGGCGCAGCAGCAGUACUUGGCGGUGUUUGCCGAGUGACGAUCUCCUUGGUCGCCAUCAUGCUGGAGCUGACCGGUGGCAUGACGUACAUCGUGCCCUUCAUGAUCGCAGUUCUCAUUGCCAAGCUUGUUGGAGAUACACUAAAUGAAGGUAUUUACGACCUAUACAUUGUUCUCAAAGGAUAUCCGUUUCUUCAAGAAGAUUUGGACGUGACCUUCACUGAGAGAUGCUGCGAUAUCAUGGAAUCAGGCUUGACCACCUUGGACAUUUCUUUGCAGCCAACUUUCUCUGAUUUGUCUUGGCUGGUGCAGAACUUUCACUUUCCCGGAUAUCCAGUGGUCAUGGGAGAUAGUUUUAUUGGCUACAUGAAGCGGGAGCAUCUUCGAGAGCUUAUAGGGCACCUGGGACGUUCGGGGCGAACUGACGAUGAAAUGGUACAGCAAGACGAACUUCUAGAGGUCACAGAUCGCAACGUGAUGCGAAUGUCUCCGGGUGCAUCUCUAACUCAGGCCCACAAAGUCUUCAAGCAGUUGGGAUGCAAACGCAUCUUCCUGGUUGGUUCGAUGCGUGGCAACUCACAGGAUGUGUUGCAGGGCAUGCUCUCCAAAAAGAACUUUCUGCACUUUCUCAAGACCGGAAAGAUUGGACAUAUGCGAGACUAUCCGAACAGUCAGCCCUAUUAUGGUGGCGAACGUUCACCACGUCGGAACGCUUCAAGCACUAUUGCACGUGCAGCAGGAUUGGAACGUUUCAGGAACACGUCCUUUGUAGCAUCUCUGCUCUCCGUCUCGCGGGAGCGGUCGAGUCCGAUGCAGCUACGGACCAUGUUGCGAUCGCCUGAAAUGUCUGCCAGCUCGGGGGAAGAGGACGGUCCGCCCUUCCAGGCCCCGAGCCCAAAGCUCACCAGUGUUCAAAACGCAGGGGCCUGUGUGGCUUUCCCGAAGAGUGCUAAAAAGAGCAACAGCACCCAACGUGCAAAGCGCAAUUCAUGGGAUUGCAGCAAAAAGGCCUUGUCACCACGACGGACGACCUUGCAGCUGGCCGAUAGCAAACAAAAAUGGCCCCUGUCUCUAGCGGCUCGUCCGGCGAUGUGGGAAGGGUUGGACACGCAAGGAUUGUCUGCAACUUCUGGUGCCUCUCGCGGAGCAACCACAUCUCGCCGAGUGCAGGGGCAUUUAGACCUUCGAAGGUUGCCGGGCCAACCUCUUGGCCCUUUUGAACGGGACAAAUUAUUGGAUAGCUUCAAUCAAUUCCGGCAGAAUGGAGGGCAUUUGCCAUCGAUGGCGACUUCGACGUCUCAUUUUAGUCGAGGUGUGGACCUGCUUGACGUUCAGUCACAUGACAUGGAGGCCCUGCAGCAGCGCUGUGCCGAGCUUGAAGCUUUGGUCACAGAGCUGAAGCGAACAAAAAGAAGGAGCAAACCAAAUAGUACUUCGACAGUGAGCUUGCCGGGCACUCCUGGUGGCACACGUACGCCUACUGACUGGCAGAGAUGGCCUUCCCGUCGCAUGGCCAUGGCAACGGAGCUGACCCUGAAGCCCCUGCAACGGAGGUGUUCCCAGCGCUGUCGAUGGCUUGGAAUCGUUCCGGUGACGAUCACGCUGGCCAUCUUGACGCUGCCCACGGUGCUGCCUCACAUGACUCUGGAAAUGGGGCAGCACCAGCAGGCAGUGAAAUGGUACUUUCAAUCUGGUUGGUUGUGGAAGGAAGACACAGCGGAGCUUUCUAGACGAGGUUGCAAGAUCUUGAAUUUCAAAGACUCUCGGUGCUCCUGCGCAGAUGACAUCCUUGCAAACAUCAUGGCAGGGAAGCAAGAGGCAAUCUACGCAGAUUCUGAUUGGACAUUGAUCAAGGAUCCGAAGAUGCAAUCAGAGGGCAUUCAGGGCAUGCACUACACUGCAUGGUCAACCCACCGAGAGCUGCGUACGGCGGGCGAUUUGCGACAGAGGCACCUGCCCCUUUUGACCAAGCUACUUCUGGAGGGAACCAAGGCGGUGGUGGGCGUGCAUCCAGAUCUGAGGGAUGAUGUGGCCAUUUUUCUGCACUUCCCUCCCAACAUCUUCAGAUUGCACGUGCAUUUUGUGGCAUCCAACAGGACCAUGUGGGCACCAGCAGAAGAAGUAUUUUCAGUCCAAAAGAUUGUUGAGUCUUUACAGCUGACGAAAGCAAAUCCGAUCCACUCCAGUUUGAAGUUCAUUGGGCCCCACUGGUUGAAGUGCCACUCCUGGGUGAUCUGA